AGAGUCACGUGUCUACACCCAACGGCACCUGAAUCGGCGGAAAAAGAAAGGAAAAAGAGAAAAAAAAACUGAAAACACACACCGAGAAAACGGAAAACCCUAACCAGUUUUCUUCUUUUCUUCACAUAACUUGCUUAUUUGAUUUCAUCUUGUGCAUGCCUUCUUCCAUUUUCUUCUCUGUUUCUUCAAGGCUGAACAUCACAUGGUUUAUUGCCAUAGAACCGGCUGCUUUAACUUCUAGUACAAGACUUGUGGAAACACUUAAUAUAAUAAUGCUGUUAGACCUGUUAUUAGAGUCCAAAACUAUCCCACUUCAUGGAGAAUAUUUGAAGCGUCUAUGCAAAUCUUGCAAAACAAGGUUUUUGAAGAAGCGCAGAAUUUCCUUUGUGGUGUAAUUUUCUUGUUACCGAACUGGGAUAAAUAAUAAACUAGUCACACUCGUGCCAAGGCUCUUGUAAUUACAACUUGUCUCUGUUUUCAAAUGUCUGAUGCUGCUAUGGAAGUUAUGAAACCUGAGAUGAAAUCCUACAUCUGGCUUCAAACUGCGGAUGGUUCUAUUCAGCAAGUAGAGGAAGAGGCAGCCAUGUUUUGCCCCAUGAUUUGCCAGGAAGUACUUCAAACAGGCAUGGGAUCUUCCAAAGCUUAUGCUAUAUCUCUUCCACAACGUGUCAAUCCUGCAAUCUUGGGUUUGAUACUUGAUUACUGUCGGUUUCACCAAGUACAAGGACGAUCUAAUAAGGAGCGCAAAACUUUUGAUGAGAAGUUUAUUCGGAUGGAUACAAAGAAGUUAUGUGAGUUGACAUCUGCUGCUGACAGCCUCCAACUAAAGCCUUUGGUUGACCUGACCAGCCGAGCACUCGCUCGGAUUAUUGAAGGAAAAACUCCUGAAGAGAUUCGUGAAACAUUUCAUUUGCCUGAUGACCUCACUGAGGAGGAGAAGCUGGAGCCUCUAAGAAACAUAACUGAUGAUCCACGUAUUCGACUUCUAAACAGAUUAUAUGCUAGAAAGAGGAAAGAACUAAAAGAGAGGAAGAAACUGAAGGAUGUUGAGGUUGAGGAAGAGCCAAAGGAUGAGCGCUCAGUUGAAGAUCUCCUAUCAUUUAUUAAUGGUGCAGAUGGAGAUACAAAGGAAACUAGAGCAAAUAAAAAUAAAAAGAAGAAUAGGAGAAGGAAAGAUCAUGCAAAGGAUCUUUCACAAAAUGCAAAUGAAAACGAUAAGGAGUUGAAUCCUCUUACUUCUGCAUAUCAUAAUGGGAACUUUGACAAUGCCUCUGCAAGUCAACAUUCGAUGAUGCAAAACCUUCCUGCUGUUAAUUUUUCUCCAAAAUUUGAAUUUAUUGAUGGUGAUAUGGAUGAUGAUUUAGAUCCUGCAAUGAAGGAGGAGCUUGACAGGGAAGUGGAGGAUUUUGCACGAAGAUUGAAUUCAGAUUGGCCUGAAAGGAUGCAAAUUUUAUCUUUGGGCCAAGACAGAAGACUAGUACCAAUUUCUAUGAAUAGCAGUGGUUCAACGCACAUGUAUACAAGUUUUGAUCAAAGAUAGUGCAGCACUGGAAGAUAAUUCAAUUUCCAAGGUGAGUGAAAGUUGAAGUAAUCUAAAAGGAUGUAAGCUUAGGGCUUGCUGUUGCCUGAAUCUUGGAAGUGCAAGUCUGUGUGAACACCAUGUGAGUAAUAUUUGUUGUUUCUUGUAACUUAUAACCAAAGUGUAGCUUUGUUUUUUUAAAUUUGAACAUUUUGAAUUCUGCAAGCAAGGGGAGAGGGGCAAAUAAAAGGAAAAAAGUGAGAAGAAAAGAGUAAAACAAAAUCAUGGAAAGCAAUUUGAGCAUAAUCGGGUUUGACCUUGUUUGUAUUUAUUCCUAUCUUGAUAAAUUUUGUCAGGCCUUUGAAUUUUUUAAAAAUUAAUUUCAUUUUUAUUUUUAUUUUUUUUGCGGUGGUUAAGUUAUA